ACAAUAUGGCUGCGUACUAAACGGGAACGCAAGCGUGGGGGAAGGAAUGUUACUUUUCGUUUUGCUGACUGGGAUAGUGUACACUCAGAGAUGGCUUCUGGGACUGCAUUGGUCUACGAUGAGGAAAUGACCCGCUACAAGCUUCUUUGGGUUGACCCAACGUGUAAGAUCGAGGUUCCAGAGCGGCUCACGGUGAGCUACGCAGCUCUGCAGCAGCGCGGUCUGGCCCAGCGCUGCGUCCCCCUCCCUGUGAGAGAGGCCACAGACCAGGACAUACUGCUCGCUCACAGUGAGGAGUAUCUGGAGGCUGUGAAGACGACUCCCCACCUGAGUCUGGAGGAGCUGAUGACGUUCACCCAGCAGUAUGGAGACGUGUACUUCCACCCGAACAUCUACCAUUGCGCCAAACUCGCCGUCGGGGCCACGCUGCAGCUGGUGGACAGCGUGAUGACUGCGCAGGUGAGGAACGGCGUGGCUUUGGUCCGGCCCCCCGGGCACCACAGCCAGAGGAGCGAAGCCAACGGAUUCUGCAUCUUCAACAACGUGGCCAUCGCCACUCUGUAUGCUCAGAAACGCCACAAUGUCAAAAGAGUGCUGAUCGUGGAUUGGGAUAUCCAUCACGGACAGGGCUUGCAGUACUGUUUUGAGGAGGACCCCAGCGUGCUGUACUUCUCCUGGCACCGCUACCAGCACCAGCGCUUCUGGCCCAACCUGCGCGAUUCGGACUUUGACUGCGUGGGGAAGGCCAGAGGAGCAGGCUUCAACGUCAACCUGCCCUGGAAUAAGGUUGGUAUGGACAACAGCGACUACCUCUCUGCGUUCUUUCAUGUCCUCCUGCCUGUGGCCUAUGAGUUCUGCCCAGAGCUGGUCUUGGUGUCGGCUGGAUUUGAUUCCGCCAUCGGAGAUCCGGAGGGUCAUAUGAGAGCCACCCCGGAUGUGUUCGCACACCUCACUCACUUGCUCAUGCCCCUGGCAGGGGGGAAGCUCUGUGCCAUCCUGGAGGGUGGAUACAAUUUGACCUCCCUUGCCCAGUCCGUUUGCCAGACGGUGCAGACUCUGCUCGGGGACCCGGCCCCCCGGCCUGGGGGUCUGACCGGGCCCUGCGAGAGUGCGCUGGAGUCCGUGCAGUGUGUUAGAGCGGCGCAUCGUCAGUACUGGGCCUGUUUCAAACACACAGUGGGCCUGAUAGUGGAACCCAGUACCAAGCUCUGUAAGCCGGAGGAGGAGGACCAGGGUGCUGAGGAGGAGGCGCAAUGGCCAGAGCCCCCUCCUCGCCCGGCUCCUCCCAUCAGAACGGCCGCGGUGGUGCCUCCCGGGGCCCGGCUCCCGGACUCCUGCUCGCGGGAGACGGGGUCACUCUCCCAGGGGGCGGAGGAAGCCCUGAGGAAUAUGGAUCCUGCAGGGUUGGUUGAGGGGCUUCUGCCGUCUCUUGGGAAUGUGUUUACACUCGUGGAUAAAAUAGUGACCAAAAAGGUUCGGAACGGCCUUGCUCUGGUUCCCGAUGUGCCUUCUGCAGUGUCCUGUGUUGUCCAGAAGGUUCUAGCCUCGGGCACCGACAGAGUUUUGUUGGUUUUUCUUGGGGAGGGUGAAGUUCCAGUGGAGGUAUCUGAUGAUGGCAGGGUGUUGGUACUGCAAAUAUGCACCAGAGAAGUGGAGAAGAGGAAAUCGCAGUACCAUGUUCCUGUGUGCCUGGAAAAGACCGGCAGGAUCGCGUCUGCGUUCGUCCACGCUGUCCUGAGUCUGGUGCUGCCCGUGGGGUAUGGGUUCGACCCCGGCCUGGUGCUCCUGGCCCUGGGUGGGGGUGGAGGAGGUGUGGUGGGGGUAGAGCAGUGGGCACAGCUCACCGCCUUGCUCCAGGGUCUGGCACAGGGACAAACCUUGGCCCUCUUACAGCAGGAGAGCGGAGAGGAGAUUCUCGCUGCCACUGCCUCCUCCCUGCUGGGCGGCCUCACACCCUCCCUGGGGCCCCUGGGAGCCCUGGACCCACUGGAGGUGCAGGAGGUGGAGACACAAAGGCACAGGCUACAGGACAAGUGGGGACUACUCAGGACUGCAGCGAGGAGCAGCAGUGCAGAAGGCCAACGCCAGCCACCCAUUUAACUCGACCAAUCAAUUGCCUCCAUCACCUUUAUAUGUCCAAUCAGAUGACGCACACACUGCGGCUGCUGGGAUGUUUAAAGCCAUAUUUAGUUUUCUAAAAACAGUGUAUUCUAGCCAUGGCAAAUAAUUGUGAUUGUUCAUCACGGUUUCAAGGAAUCACCUCAGCAAUUAUUGGACAUUAUAAUGAAGACAAGAAUCUUGUCUUCAUUAUCUCUCUAAAUCUCUCUUGUGAUGCACACAAUCCACAUCCACCAACAUUUCAAAACAGCUGGGAUUGACCCAAGACCCAAUCGGCAAUCUUGAGUGUACGGAUUGUAAAACCGAGAACACAGAUUUUCACUUCAAAAUAUUUUUUAGAGGGGACUAACGUUCAUCUGAGGACACAUCUGAGGAUUUAUUUUCUGAACUGCGCUUUCAUCCAUUAGGGGAUUAGGGGUGUACUUUUUCACUCCCGGACCUGAACUCUUGUGCGUUUCUAGCCUUGAUAGUAUACAGGUGAUCAAAAUGACCACACAUGAUGUUUUAUUGUUCAAUAUUGAACAAUCAUUCAUUUGAGACACUUGUUGAUGUCAAUUUCACAUUCAUAUGAAUUAAUUUAGUUUUGUACCAUUGAAUCUCCUGUAGGUUCCCAAGCCAAUGCAUAUUCCAAUGUCAUCUUUAUCAAGAGCUAGGACAACAGGACAGGCAUGUUAUGCUAUACCAGCCAAAUGACUUUACAGGAGUGAAAUUGGUAUGAUUUGGCAAGGAAAUUCUCACACGCAAACAAUUUCUGAAAUUAUUUUAGGAAAUUCAUAUACAAAUGAGAUGUUUAGGGAUGAACCAACCCCAGUUUGCCAUCCUUGAUCAACCUGGCUCUGACUCAUUGUAUGUUCAGUGAUAGCCUACGAGGAAGUAGCAUGUACAAAGAACAUUGACAUUUUGCUUGUUUGGAAGGCACUGCUCAGUUUCUGUAUUAUAUAUUACCAUCUAAGCCAGUGUGUCAUCCUUGUUUUUAGCUGAGAACAGCCUUUAAGACUAUGUUCUUGCCCAUAGACUGAUGCGAUAUAAUUAGUUUGAAGGUAUACAUACCCAUUUUUCCUUUGGCUG